GGCAUCGAACAAAAUGUUAUUCAUGUUUUUUCCAAAAAUAAUAAAAAUGAAAUUAGUGUUAGUAAUACUUUCCAUUUCUGUGGUCAGCGAAGGCACCAUUUCGAUAAAUGCAACAUAUCAGAAGGGCCUUAGGCAGACUUACGAUGUAGCUGACCAUAAACAACGCUUUCCUAUUUGUGGAAAUUGUGAAAACAUAAAGAACGUGCAUAUAAAUACAGGGUUUACAUGCCACUUCGAAGAUGAAAGACAGGUUGAGAAUAAGUUUGGACAGACAGAUGAUGAGUAUGCGCAUUGUGUACCAAAGGACUACAUUAUUCAUGGAGAAGUAGAAAACUAUUGUUGCUUUUGGUCGCCGACAUCGGGAUGUUCAGCUCUCAUCGGAAGGAAUCUGUUCGAUAAAAGCUCCGAUUAUUGCGAUACUUGCAGAGGAUCUUGUUCCAAAUGGAAACAUUCUGACGACGAAAAGUCAGGCGUAAACAAUGAGAUACCGGAAUAUGGAUACAUAUUAGCACUGCUGUUUUGCGAACUGUGGAUUUGGUAAGGCGGAUCACUAAGCCUAAGGACUGGGAUUGUAUCAAAUUUUGUGUUAUAAUAUUUAUAAAUAAAUCAA